UUUGCACAGAAUUUAAACAUAUGGGAUAGUCGAUAAUGACUCCAUAUUAGGGGAAAAUGAACUGUUCUGAGAAAUCCUGCAGCUCUGGCAUUGCAUGAGCGUGUACUGAUAACUCCGCCUAAGAAAAGGAGUUGACCAAUCAUGAAGUUUUCACAACGGCGGCGUGUAUAAUUUAUGCAUGACGUAGCUGACAGAAAUGACAGUGACGCUAUAGGAAAAAUCCAACGAAAGCGGUUUUGAUGAUAAACAUAAAAGAAAAUAAUGUCUCCCAUAAUUACGUAAUAUGGAAGUCGUUUUGCUGAUGCGUAAUACGUUCAUACGUAAUGCAUAAACUGUGUGUCAUCGGAAAAUAUGAUAUUAUACUUUAAAAACAACUGUGUAAUGAUGUAUUACUUCACAAUGCAAUUUGCAACACCAUACAUGAUGAUUUGGAAAAGAACGAUGCAAUUACUUCUCAGUUUUUUAAGCUAUAUAAAAGUAACUUCUACAUGCCUCAUCCCGGGUUCCUACGGAAUACUUUGCGAUAAUAAAUGUGGACGCUGUGCAGGGAACGUCGAUUGUGGUCCACUUUUGGGUAUUUGCUUCGGAGGUUGUCAACCCGGGUUUUUUGGAUCAACGUGCAAGAUGACGUGCUCGGCAACAUGCGGAGGGGACGGGAGUUGCUCUCAAUUAACCGCUUUCUGCGAAAAUGGCUGCCAGUCCGGCUUUACAGGGACACAAUGUGACCAAAUUAUAACAUCACCUGUAUCAGAUGAUCUUAUAUCUACCGAUGCUGUCCACGUGUGGGAACCUAUUGCUGUAACGAGCCUCGUUCUUAAUAUAGCCUGUAUCGUAAUACUUGUGCUACUGUAUAGAAGGAAAAACAACAAAACGAAAUCGUCUUACGAACGCAAUUUGGUGCAUAUUCCGGAAGAAGAGACCGAGAGAUAUGUAAAAUGGAACCAACUUCAAGAAAAUAUAAGGAACAUUUCGACUGCUUCAUAUUUGAAUAAGGAUCGAGCCGAAAAAAACUGUUCCGCAAUAAAGGCUCAACGGGAUCUUGCUAACUUUGAGUCAGAAAGUCAAGACUACACAGUUCCAAAGUUUACAAGAGAGGAGGGUGUCCCUGAUGAUCAGUCCCAGACGGAGCCUAAACCCACGGACUCGGAGCCUCAUCCCUAUAUCUACGUCAUAUCCUCUUGAGUUGAUCUUCAAUAAUCCAUCUAGUACACGCAACAAUAAAUGAAUGGGAAAGCCGAGAGGAAUACUUUUCUAGAAAACAAAAUACUUAUUAAUAGAAAUGAAGUAAUUAAAUAGGAAUCAAUGUCGUACUGUUUGAAUGUUGGCGAAAUUGUAGAUGUUUAAAUGAAAAUUCAAGUUGUUUUUUCUGUCUGUUGAUCAAUUAAGAACACUUUAUAUUAUAUGUUUAUUUAUUUUUUUUUAAAUAUGAUAUUUAAAUCAAACAUUUAAGAAAUCCUAGUAAUGAAAAGGUUUUCAGAUUUCUAUGUACAUUCAAUGUCUAUGUUGCAUCUUUAUAAUGCUCCAGGCAUUAAAACAAAAACAGAAUUUCCCAUGAUAAAGAUUUCAAUUUCCGGCAUAUGUUUUAAUGUGAUUGUUUAGAAGCUAGUCACGAAAAAGCAAAGCACAAUAAAGCGUUUUCAUAUUGGUGCAUAAAAUUAGUUUGAGUUAAAAAAUUUAAGGUAUAUAUGAUUAUCGAAAAAUCAAGCGAAAAGUGGUGGAAGCAAAAACUCGAGACAGAGUAUAAUUAAUAUUCAAAUGCAAUGUACGUGUUUCGCCUUUGCUGCAAUUAGUGGUGCAUCACUCCAUCGGAAUUCCGCAACUGCACGCGGACCUUUGUUCUUUGGCUUGUCAAACUAUCGGGCUUUGGCGCAGACCUCGAACUUUAGAGUCCAAUCACACUUUGGAGUCAUAUAAUUAUAUAAACGGAUAUUCUAUUUUCUUUAAAUAAUUUAAUAAUAAUUUUUUAUUGCUGUAUUAAAUCCAGGAAUAAGGAUCGAGCCGAAAAAAACUGUUCCGCAAUAAAGGCUCAACGGGAUCUUGCUAACUUUGAGUCAGAAAGUCAAGACUACACAGUUCCAAAGUUUACAAGAGAGGAGGGUGUCCCUGAUGAUCAGUCCCAGACGGAGCCUAAACCCACGGACUCGGAGCCUCAUCCCUAUAUCUACGUCAUAUCCUCUUGAGUUGAUCUGUGUAAAUUUAGUGUGUAAAUCAAUGAAUAUAGAAUAAUUUAAGUUAAUGAUGAACAUAUCUAAAUAUAUAUGAGCAUUCAAAUCAGGUGGUGUUAUUUUAAGAAUAUUUAUCAUCCAAUAUUUUUUUUUUUAUUCACAACUUUUUUUUUCUAAAUUUUUCGGGCUUUGACGCAUCACUCCAUCGGAAUUCAGCAACAGCGCGCGGACCUUUGUUCUUUUGCUUGUCAAACUAUCGGGGUUUGGCGCAGACUUCGGACUUUAGAGUUCAAUCACACUUUGGAGUCACAUAAUUAUACAAACGGAUAUUCUAUUUUCUUUAAACAUCAUUAUUAUUAUCAUUAUUAUUUUGCU